UUUUAUGCUCUCAGUAUCUGUCUAUCUAGCUCGCAGAACGCACGUAGGAAGCACUAUCUAAUCACCUGUGAUAGCCUAUACAGUCGCGACAAAAUUAUCGCGAUCCCAGUAUGGUGUUAACCGGUCUUGACUUCGGUCGGCGAAUGAUUUUUUAAACAUCUUUCAGUGAAAUAUAGUUAUAUCAUAUAUGCAGCUCGAAAUAUGAAUUUACUGCAUGGUUAGCGCAGCGUUUGGAAACUUGUCACAUUCAUAAGUGACUAUUCACCUUUAACCACUGGAGAUUAAACACAUUUGCGUCGUAAAUGAAUUAACAAAAAAAUGACGAUUCGACCACUGACUGCGGCACUCAAGAAGAAAGCAGCGAAGGAAAUAAAUGAAGAUGAUCGCAGAAUAGCGUCUGAUAUCACGGCGUUGAGGCACUGGCUAAAGAAACAGCCGCAUCUUCAUGCAAUACAAUCAACUGAUCAAUGGCUGCUGGCAUUUUUACGGGGAUGCAAGUUCAGCCUAGAACGUACAAAGGAAAAAUUGGAUAUGUAUUAUACUUUAAAAGGGUUGGUGCCAGAGUUUUUAUCUAACAGAGAUCCAAUGGAUCCGAAGAUUCAAGAGAUACUCAAAUUAGGUCUCUUCUUACCACUGAAGAAAUGUCAGGGCGAAGAUUCAUCUCGCACCAGUAUCGUGAGGGUCGGGGUGUUAGAUGCCUCCACAUACCACCUGACGGACGUUCUGAAGAUCGCCUUCAUGAUCACGGAGAUCAUGAUGCUGGAGGACGACAAUUUCAACGUGGCUGGCGAGGAAGUAAUCGUUGACAUGAAAGGUGUGGGAAUCAGCGUGCUGAGCCAAUGGACUCCAACGUUAGCAAAAAAAGCGAUCUCCUGUUUCGAGAAGGCUUUCCCGGUGCGCGUGCAGUCCAACUACAUAAUCAGCACUCCACUGGGAUUCGAGGCUGCGUAUGCUAUUUUAAAAACCUUCCUUGGAGAAAAAUUUAAGAAAAGAAUAAAGGUUUAUAACCAGGACUACAAAGCUAUAUACCAUGCCGUCCCUCAAGAAAUGCUCCCAAUGGAAUAUGGAGGACAGGACGGAUCUCUCCAGGAAUUGAUUGAUUACUGGAAGCUGAAAGUAGAGAGCUACCGCGACUGGUUCGUGGCCCAGGAGUCGGCGCAGUCAGAUGAAGCCAAGCGGCCGGGCGCGCCCACUACCGCCUCCACUCUAUUUGGCGUCGAUGGCUCCUUCAGGACUUUGCAGUUCGAUUGAGUGAUUUUUAAUAAAACGUAUCAGUGCAA